ACCUGUACUAUACCCUACCCUUGUCCUACACAAUUUAAGACCCUCCAACAACAAGCAUCUCUUUCGCAAACCCAACACAACAUCAUCCAACCCAAAAACAACACAAACAAUGUCCCAACUCAGAUUCACUUCCACCAUCUUCCUCUUUCUAACACUUCUCUUUCACGCCUAUCUUCCAAUCUGCACUUCCCUCUUACCAACUACUGUUGACCUCAAUCUGUUGAAACACAGUGAAAUAAAUGAUGCAGUAGUAAUCACAAAGAGGGUUUGUACCAAAACCAUUGGAGAGUGUUUGACAGAUCCUGAAAUGAUGAUGAUGGAUUCAGAGAGCAAUAGAAGAGUUUUGGCAAUGCAGAAAAAGUACAUAAGCUAUGAUACAUUGAAGAGGGAUAUGGUUCCUUGUGAUAGACCUGGUGCUUCCUAUUAUAAUUGUCAUAGAAGACAAGCUAAUCCUUAUAGUAGAGGUUGUGAAGUUAUUACUGCAUGUGUUAGAGGUGCGCAAGAAAUCAACACUUAACAUUUUACUUCAAAAUAAUGGAUCAAGGAAAGUUUCUUAUUUCUUUUCCUUUACUUUCCCUUAUUUAACCCUUUUUUGUUGUUGUUGUUUUGUUUAUGAGCUUUUUUCUAUGUAGCUAAUAAGAUUGUGAUUUUGUAUGCUUUUUAAACAUAUAUUGUAUUAAAUAUCUUAUUAGUGUAUUCAUGAAAAUAUCUGAUUAUUGAAGUGGUACUUUCCUUGGCAUUAUGAUGCCUAUUUGAAA